AUUUUCACCCCCCGGAGUUAAUCGAUAACAGCUUCAAGAUUCUGCCCUUCGGUGCCAAUUUUCGUCUGGAGACGACACCAGCCGAGAUGCACAAAAUAGCAGCCGCGCCAGCCGCGGCUACAGCGCCGGCUGGAGCAUUGGAGGCACCGCUGGCGGCCCCCAAAUAUGGCACACUCAUACCUAAUCGCAUAUUUGUGGGCGGCAUAAGUGGUGACACCACCGAGGCGGAUCUGACGCGCGUCUUCAGUGCCUACGGCACCGUAAAGAGCACAAAGAUCAUCGUGGAUCGUGCCGGCGUCAGUAAGGGCUACGGAUUCGUCACAUUCGAGACGGAGCAGGAGGCGCAAAGACUGCAAGCGGAUGGCGAGUGUGUGGUGCUGCGCGAUCGCAAGCUGAACAUCGCGCCGGCCAUCAAGAAGCAGCCGAACCCGCUGCAGUCAAUUGUGGCCACCAAUGGAGCCGUUUACUAUACCACCACGCCGCCGGCACCGAUUAGCAAUAUACCCAUGGAUCAGUUUGCUGCUGCCGUCUAUCCGCCAGUUACUGACUUUACAGCCGCUGGAGUGCCAGCCAUCUACCCACCUUCAGCCAUGCAAUAUCAGCCAUUCUAUCAGUACUACAGCGUGCCAAUGAAUGUACCCACCAUUUGGCCUCAGAAUUAUCAAGAAACUCAGCCACCGAUGCCGCAUCAUGCGCCGCCACACGGAGCUUGGGAGUUUGACGAUGGCACCAACAACAACAACCGCAACAACAGCAAAAACAACAUCUCUGUGACGAAUUGGCGCAUGUCCAUGUAGUCGAACUCGAUGCGUGUCUCCCUUCUAGUCUAACCAAUGCAAAUCAAUACACACAGCCAUACAGAACACGGCACACAGACACAGCAGCAGCAGAAGCAGCACCAGCAGCGCUGCAACUGGAGAAAUGAAGAAGACAAAUGGAAGAAACAAUGUGCAAAUGCCAUGUGCUAUAACCGAACGCGAAGACUGAAGCAAAAGCAAAUGCGAAAGUAAACACGAAAGUGAAGGCACACACGCUGUAGUUGAGAAGUAGCUGUAAAAGAUCAAGUCAAGAGAAGAACACCAGCGCGCAUGCGAGCAAGCGAGAUGCAUGCUGUGCUACGGCUGGGCAAGCUAAGAAUGUGUGUAUCAAACGAAGAUGAGAGGAACAGCAACAACUACAGCAGCAUUUCGGCAGCAAUAACCAAUAA